CUUACCUUGAACUUGGACGCGCUUGCAACGAAUCUUUCUUUCCGCACAGCCAACAAGCGGACAAGACACCAGCAUUGCAGAUGAGCUGCUGUUAUUGUGAUUCGGAAUAGUAUAAAAAAAUUAAUAUUGAAAAGUAAAAAGCGAUAAAAUCGAGAUACUCGUCAUAUGUGCCGGUGAAAUUCAAAUUGUUGUUGUAUUGGUUUUACCGUUUUUUACAUAUUUUCGAACGCUACAAUUUUGUGCAUAAUUUAACAGUGGACAUGUAUGCGCGGCAGCGCCUUGUACCACGCUUUGGAGACGCGGAGAAGAUUUCGAUAUAAACGUGUGUUGUGUGUGUAUUAGUUGGCCGCGCGCCUGCGCGUCACGAACGCCUGACGAGUGUCAAACGAGUGUCGCAUAGAAGGCGGUCAAGACAUUAAACCAUCGCGUUGUAACGCUAAAUUGACCUAAAACUUACAUAAAUAAAGAAUUUUUUCCCAUUUGCAUAAAAGCCUACAAAUUCUAACGCGUACAAUUUGCCGCAUUUAUCGGCAAUGCUUUGUGUAACCCCCAUAAAUACAAACAAAAAUAUUUGUUAGACAAAAAAAAUUAAGAAAGAAUUUUAUUUCUCUGCUUAUUAAUAAAUAACGGUAUCAGUGCGCAUAAUUUGUAAACGCUGAGAGUAACAAAGCGCGCCCCACUGAAGUACUGUAAUCAAACUACGCCCAGUUGGAGAGACAACCAACCAACAUUCCACCAUAAAAUUGAUUGUUCUGUCGAUUGUCAACAAGCAUUGACAUUACAAUAGCAACAACAACAACGGUCAGUCAGUGACUAAAAUCGUAGAAAAGUAUUAGCUUGGCAGCAUAAGACCACAAUGGAUUGGUCAGGGCCAAGUUAUGUGUUAGUGUUGUUGCUCACACUUACACACACUCUAACGCGGUUACCGCUAGCACACAGCUGGAGUGCUGGUGACCAGCCAGGUGUCGUUGGUGUUGGUGUUGGUGGUGGUGGUGUAGGCGCAGCCAGAGCACGGAGCAUGAAUGAAGUAUCGCCAUAUAUAGAUUUAGCGCUAUGUCCGAUGAGAGAACAGCCUUGGGGCUGUGCGCGGCAACAAUCCGGACGCAUCUUGGAUUUGUGGGAUGGCGAAUUGCAGAUGCAAUGGCAGAAAUUGAAAGUGGAAGCCGACCGCCAAUUGAAUGCGACACUUGAGAAGCGUGGUUACAGCGCCAGCGAGGGACUCACCAAGGAGAAGCCAUCCACGAUAUUGAAGAAAAUCGAAAUCGGCACUGGUUAUAUGAAGAAAUACUUCGCCGAAACUAUGGAUGGCUUUCUGGGUCGCGAGUACGACUAUGUGCAGCCGAAUAUCAAGCAGAAUUUCGACAAUAAUGAAAACGAGACCGAAGAUGGUGAGGAAGAAGAGGACAGCGACAAUGGUGAUGAAGAUGAUGAAGAAGAAGAGGACGAUGAUGAUGGAGAAACAGAGCCGUCGCAGAAUGAUGAAGACGACGUAGAUCGCGAUGACAUAGCCAACCAGCAAAAUACAGUCAACUUCCAUUCCCGGCCAGUGAGCGCGCAAAGCCAGCUGGCUCACAGCGAAGUAUCGCCUCUAAUUGGCACCGCACCUGGUGUUGCUAAUCAUGACUCUUCAGAUGGCGUCGAAUUUAUCGAAAUCGAAGAGAAUGAAAGUACGCCACCGGGCCAAUUAAAGGGCGGCGGCGGCGGUGGUGGUCAAAAGAAACGCAAAAAUAAGAGAAAGAAGAAGCCCGAAACACUCUUAGUCGUACAACCGGCCGAAUUGUCUUUACACGGGCAUGGUGGUCAUGGUGGACAUCACGAUGAUGCUGUUGAAUGGGUGCCAGUGUCGCAAGGUCAUAGCAAGCCGGCGAAGAAGCAGAAACGAAAGAAGAAGAAGAAGCAUCAGCACGCCGAUGACAGCGUUUCGGUGGUGGUUGAGCAGGAGCCCUCGGAUCAUUUGGGUUUGGGUCUGUUGGAGGAGUUGGUGGAUUCGGUCGAUGUUGCGGAUGGUGGACACAAGCGCAAACACAAGAAACCGAUAAAAUAUGGUAGAAGCGUUGGAGUGACACGUGGCAAGAAGAAGAAGAAGAAGAAGGCCAUCGCAAAACUGGUGUUGCUGGGCUCCUUCCUUAAGGCGAAGAUUGAGCUGCUUUUGAAGAUUUUGGGCGCUCAUUUGCAAAUUAAAUUCUUCGCCAUCGCUUUGAUUGGUCUGCUCAUAAAUAUUGCACGCUUCUGGAUUGAUGUGAAACGUGGCGGUACGCCGCAAAAGGUUGUCUAUGUUGAACAUGCACACCAUCAGCACCACUAUGAGGAGCAUGGCGACGAUUGGGGCGGCGAGUCGGGCGGCAGCUACUGGAAGCGUUCGCUACAAACCGAUCCCACACUGGAGGAGGCAGCGACCGACAGCUAUCAACCGGUGGGGCAACAUCAGGAUCCGCACUAUAAGGCCUACCACGGGCAAUGGCAGUGAGCGGGCCUUCUACAUUGGAGUUGCCAGCAGAUUUAUAUUUGAUUGAGAUUGUAAAACGAAACGACAUUUUGUUUUCAAAUAUGCACUAGCAUAAUUUAGAUUAAUGCUUAAGUUAUUGUUGAGUAAUACAUAUUUUGUUGUACAAAAUUUCACACGAUUUGCAUGCGCGCAAGUUGCUACACCGUAUAUUGUGUUCACAGUUAUGUUAAAAAAAAAAAAACUUAUAGAGGAAUAUAACCGUAAAUACAUGAAUGUUGCCAGAAACCGUAGAUUUACGUUAAAAUUAGUGGUUUAGAAAAAAAUUUAGAAAAUAUAGUUUUAGAAAAUUGUUCGGGUCGAAAUUGUUAACUUUGGCUUGUUUGUAGUGCAAAAACAAAUGUAUUUAUUUUUUGUUUAUUUGCGGCUAUGCAAAUUCAUAUUUGUACAACUUGAAGCUGGAUUUUAUUAUUUUAUUUAUUAUUUAUUGUGGACGACAUGCGCUUUAACGCCGUAUUUUAUAGUCUAACAGAAUUAUUUAAGUUCUUUUUGAGUAUAUAAAGGCCGAAGCGUCAGAAGAAAAAAAUUUAUAUUUAUAUAGUUUAUAAUUAUUUAUUUUAUUUGUAUUUAUUUUCUUGUAAAAUGUAUC